AUGGGAAGUUCGAGUCGCUACAGUUCCUACAACUGUCUCACCAGCUGGGACAGCUAUGACCGCAUACCGAGGGUUCGAGUGGAAUACUAUGUCAACGAGAACACGUUCAAAGAAAGACUGCAACUGUACUUCAUCAAGAACCAGCGGUCCAGCCUGCGCAUCCGCAUCGCAAACCUCGUGUUCAAGCUGGUCACGUGUCUGCUGUACGUGGCGCGCGUCGUGGCCGACAACGAUCCCAUCAACGCCGCUUGCUACGGGUGCAAGCCGGGCAACAAGAGCGAGUUCUUUAACUCGAGCAAGAUGACGGAGGAGGAGUUCCAGGACACGCCCAUCAUCAACUGGGAUGCUAUCCUGUGGGUGGACCGCCACAUCGUGCUGUGGGCCGUGCAGCUGGUGCUAGCCGUCGUCAGCCUCACCGAGGCGCUGCUGCUCGCCUACCUCGGCUACAAGGGUAACAUCUGGCAGACGUUGCUGUCAUUCCACUUUAUCCUGGAGCUGGUAAACACCAUUCCGUUCAUUACCACGCUGCUGUGGCCUCCUCUGAGGAACCUGUUCAUCCCUGUGUUCCUGAACUGCUGGCUGGCCAAGCACUCGCUCGAGAACAUGUUCAACGAUUUACACCGAGCCAUGCAAAAGUCCCAAUCAGCGUUGUCUCAGCAGCUUAUGAUCCUUUCUGCCACCUUACUGUGCCUAGUAUUCACAAGCGUGUGCGGGUUCCAGCACUUCCAGCGAGCCGGCCACCGCCACCUCAACCUGUUCCAGUCCACAUACUACGUGGUGGUCACCUUCUCCACCGUCGGCUACGGCGACAUCGUGCCCGACAUCUGGCCGUCGCAGCUCUACAUGGUCAUCAUGAUCUGCGUCGCGCUCAUCGUGCUGCCCACGCAGUUCGAGCAACUGGCGUUCACGUGGAUGGAGCGCCAGAAGCUGGGAGGCUCCUACUCGUCGCACCGCGCGCAGUCGGAGAAGCACGUGGUCGUGUGCAGCACCACGCUCCAUGCCGACACAAUCAUGGACUUCCUCAACGAGUUCUACGCGCACCCGCUACUACAGGACUACUACGUGGUGCUCCUGUCGCCCAUGGAGCUGGACACCACGAUGCGGAUGAUCCUGCAGGUGCCCAUCUGGGCGCAGAGGGUCAUCUACAUCCAGGGGUCGUGCCUCAAGGACGGCGACCUGGCGCGCGCGCGCAUGAACGAGGCGGAGGCGUGCUUCGUGCUGGCAGCCAGGAACUACGCCGACAAGACGGCCGCCGACGAGCACACGAUCCUGCGCUCGUGGGCGGUGAAGGACUUCGCCCCCGGCGUGCCCCAGUACGUGCAGAUCUUCCGGCCGGAGAACAAGCUGCACGUGAAGUUCGCCGAGUACGUGGUGUGCGAGGACGAGUUCAAGUACGCGCUGCUCGCCAACAACUGCACGUGCCCGGGCACGUCCACGCUCGUCACCUUGCUGCUGCACACCUCCCGCGGACAGGAGGGCCAGACGUCGCAGGAGGAGUGGCACCGGCUGUACGGCAAGUGCUCGGGCAACGAGAUCUACCACAUCGUGCUGGGGGACAGCCGCUUCUUCGGCGAGUACGACGGCAAGAGCUUCACGUACGCCAGCUUCCACUCGCACAGGAAGUACGGCGUGGCGCUGGUCGGCGUACGCCCCGCCGAGCUGCCCGAGUUCUACGAGGACACCAUCCUGCUGAACCCGGGGCCCAGGCACAUCAUGAAGAAGAGCGACACCUGCUACUACAUGAGCAUCUCCAAGGAGGAGAACUCGGCCUUCGUGCUGGGCAACCAGCAGGCGGUGGCCCCGGGCGAGUCGGCCACCACCAUCACAGCUGCCACCGCUCUCACGACCGCCUCCGACGGCGACUCCAAGCCCCCCGCCGCCGCCGCCGCCGCGCUGAACAAACCCGAUGGUAUCGAGUUCUCUGUGACCAUCCCUAGCUCUGUGUGCGCAACCUCGCCGAUCGACCCCGGCUACGCGGAGUCCAACAAGGCGCAGCUGAAGGAAGCCGCUGCGGGCCUGCUGACGCCCGACGUCGCCAUCACGGGCAACCACCUGGACGUGCCCAAGGCGGGCGACAACCCCAACCUGCUGAGCCCGGAGAUGCUCAGUCAGCGCAGAGGCAGCCGGCGACCCAGCAUCCUGCCCGUGCCCGACAUGUUCACCAACAGCUCGCUGAACAUCGCGUCGGAGCCGCAGGACGAGGACGAUGACAACGAGAGCGAGGACGAGAUGGAUGACGACGUGCCGUGGAGGUCGCCCAGCGAGAAGAUCGCCAUUGUGAAGGGUUUCCCGCCCGUGUCGCCCUACAUCGGGGUUAGCCCUACCCUCUGCUACCUGCUGAAGGAAAAGAAGCCCAUGUGUUGCCUUCAACUCGCUCAGAUCUGUGACCACUGCAGCUACCGGAACGCCAAGGAGUACAACUGGCAGAACAAGACCAUCAUCCUGGCGGCCGACUACGCCUCGAACGGCAUCUACAACUUCAUAAUCCCGCUGAGGGCGCACUUCCGCUCCAAGACGUCGCUCAACCCCAUCAUCCUGCUGCUGGAGAAGAGGCCGGACUUCGCCUUCCUCGACUCCAUAUCCUACUUCCCGCUCAUCUACUGGAUGCAGGGCUCCAUAGACUGCUUGGACAACCUGCUGCGCGCGGGCAUCACGCUCGCAGAGAACGUGGUGGUAGUCAACAAGGAGAUGUCCAACUCGGCGGAGGAGGACACCCUGGCCGACUGCAACACCAUCGUGGCCGUGCAGACCAUGUUCAAGUUCUUCCCGAGCAUAAAGAGCAUCACGGAGCUCUCGCAGUCGUCCAACAUGCGCUUCAUGCAGUUCCGGGCGCACGACAAAUACGCCCUCCACCUCUCCAAGAUGGAAAAGAGGGAGAAGGAGCGCGGCUCGCACAUCUCCUACAUGUUCCGGCUGCCGUUCGCCGCCGGCAGCGUGUUCAGCGCCAGCAUGUUGGACACCCUGCUGUACCAGGCCUUCGUCAAGGACUACGUCAUCACCUUCGUGCGCCUCUUGCUGGGCAUCGACCAGGCGCCCGGCUCCGGCUUCCUCACGUCGAUGAAGAUCACCAAGGACGACAUGUGGAUCCGCACGUACGGCCGGCUGUACCAGAAGCUAUGCUCCACCACGUGCGAGAUCCCCAUCGGCAUCUACCGCACGCAGGACACGUCGCUGUCGGACAGCUCGCACGUGAGUAGCAGCCCGCGCCCCCGCGCCCGCUGGACAGAGUGCGUGCGUGUGCAAUCGCAGGACACGGACGCCGAGCCGGGGGUGGGGGUCACGUACAGACCAAAGUCUCAGAUCUCGAACUGUCUGGGCUGCGUUCAGACCAAGCCGUCCAUGUACUCCAUCAACGUGGCGGACGAGGCCCGCGACAACCACACGCAGAUGAUCGAGCGCGCGGAGAUCGCGAACCUGGUGCGCUCGCGCAUGGAGAGCCUCAACCUGCCGGGUGCGGACUACGACGACGUCAGCGAGAAGCGCAGCAGCCUGUCGUACGUCAUCAUCAACCCCAGCUGCGACCUGAAGCUGGAGGAAGGCGACAUCAUCUACCUCAUCAGGCCGAGCCCCUUCUCGGCGCAGAAGACCUUCGAGCGGCACAACAGCCGCCGCAAGUCCAACAUCAGCUUCUGCUCCCAGCAGCUGAUCCAGCAGAUGGCUGCAUCGGGCGCAGGCAGCCGGCGGGGCUCGGGCCUGGGGCUGUCCGGGUACACGGCCCCGCGGCCGCCGCCGCUCGUCACCACCAAGGCCAACUCCCUGUCGCUGCCCGACAGCCCGACGGUGAUAGGCGCGCCGACGUGCGGCUACCGCAGCCGCUCCAACUCCCUGCGCGUGGUCGACGACAUCCUCCUCCGGCGGUCCAACUCGCUGCGGCAGGGCAUGGUCGGCGGGCGCAGGAAGAGCAGCCUGGAGGACAUCGGCGUGUCGCUGGCGUCGCACCCCGCCAACUACGCCAACCCCAUCAAGAUCGCGCUCAACGGCAGCAUUGGGCUGGAGGUGACGCCUCCUGAGGAGGGAGCCUCCCCCCCGCCCGCGGAGACCAUCGGCAUCCCUGUGUCGCCGUCUCGGCCGCGGACGCCCGAGCCCAGGGACCUGCCUGAGGAACGUGACUGCGAGCAGCAGCAGCAGCAGUCGUCGAUGGCUCAGGCGACGCCCCUGGCCGACCCCCAGCACCUGCAGGGGACGCUCGUAUGAUAUCACCUGAUGUGGGGGAGGAGGCUCAGCAGCGUUGUGCGCAACAAGUGGCUGUGAAGUGCCUCCUCUCUUACAACAAGGGUGCGGCAUGAGACUUUGGGGUCUAGCGUGUGAAGUGGCUCCCCACUCGCGCUUUUCUCCCACAGGGAACACUCCUAAGAUGUCACCUGAUGUGGGGGAGGAGGCCCAGCAGUGUUAUAUGCAACAUAUGUCUGUGAAGUGCCACCUCUCUUACAACAAGGGUGUGGCAUGAGACUUUGGGGUCUAGCGUGUGAAGUGGCUCCCCACUCGCACUUUUCUCCCACAGGGAACACUCCUAAGAUGUCACCUGAUGUGGGGGAGGAGGCCCAGCAGUGUUAUAUGCAACAUAUGUCUGUGAAGUGCCACCUCUCUUACAACAAGGGUGUGGCAUGAGACUUUGGGGUCUAGCGUGUGAAGUGGCUCCCCACUCGCACUUUUCUCCCACAGGGAACACUCCUAUGAUGUCACCUAUGUGGGGGAGGAGGCCCAGCAGUGUUAUAUGCAACAUAUGUCUGUGAAGUGCCACCUCUCUUACAACAAGGGUGUGGCAUGAGACUUUGGGGUCUAGCGUGUGAAGUGGCUCCCCACUCGCGCUUUUCUCCCACAGGGAACACUCCUAUGAUGUCACCUGAUGUGGGGGAGGAGGCCCAGCAGUGUUAUAUGCAACAAGUGGCUGUGAAGUGCCUCCUCUCUUACAACAAGGCAUAAGACUUUGGGGUCUAGCGUGUGAAGUGGCUCCCCACUCGCGCUUGUUUUCUCCCACAGGGCUCUCUCUUCUACCAAGCAAGUGGCAGGAGACUUUGGGAUCUGGCACGUGAAGUGGCUCCCCACUCGUGCCUGCACUCUCGCGCUUGUUUGCUCCUAUGGGAGACACUCCUAUGAUGUCACCUAUGUGGGGAAGGAGGCCCAGCAGUGUUAUAUGCAACAUGUGGCUGUGAAGUGCCUCCUCUCUUCCACCAAGCGCGUGGCAGGAGACGGUGCAUUAUGGCGUAUGAAGUGGCUCCCAACUCGCACCUUUAAUCUCGCUUAUGCUAAAUCCUGCAAGGGCUGUUGGCAUGUAACUAGCAGCCCGGGACUUUCGUUGGUUCUGUUAUGCAGGAUGGACUAAAUAGUGAUCAUAUAGAGUGAGAAAUAACUCCUAGUUAAAUAGGAAGUCCUAAAGUGUUAAAAAAUAAUUGGCACUUGAAAUGAGAUUAACACAUUUUUGAUGUUUAGAAAAAUCAUCAUGAAAACCAAUGAGGAUAAGGAUUUUGUCUUCACAGCUUUUUUGAGUUCUAGGGGGUUAUGGGGUGGGGUCUCUAUCGCCACCAUUACCUCUCCCAUUGGACUAGAACUGAUGUUCACUCAGACUUUCUUCACCGACUUACAUCCUGGUAACGAGCGACCUUAUUCUUAAGAAGAUUGAGUGUGAUUCGUCCAUUCGGAUGUCUUGAGAUAAUUUCAUCAUCACAGAAAACGUUUGGUUGUGUCUUAUAAAACUGUUUCCCGAUUACUGAAACCUAAAAGACAAUGAAGGAUUUUAAUGUUAGCACUGUUUAAAUGUAUCUGAAAAACAUUUCCAGGUCUGUACAUAGGGUAAGAUUGGGUACAUUUAAAAUUAAAUUAUCAAGAAUAUUUGUCUCACCUUUAUGUUAGUUCGAUUUAAUAAAAUUUUACAAAAUGUUCCCAAAUAUAAAUAGAGGAAACAUUUUUAAAUUUAACUAAGUGAUAUUUAAGAUUGUAAAAACAUUUUUUUUUUAAAUUUAACUUCAAAACUACACUACCGCGGAUGUACCCCAUCUUACCCCAUCUCAAAGCAGUGGAACGAGACAAUGUCAUCUCGUGCACCACAAGCAGCUACGCCACAUCUCACGCGACAUCGCAUACACUUGCGCGUCGUAUUCAAGCCCGGAACCCCUGCAAGUUAUGUCUUCUCUUUGGACCAAUAGGCACGAAGGGCAGCAGCAUGGAAGAUUAUAAAUAAUCUCGGUCACAUGAUGUUUUACUCUGUUCACGACGUAUAGCCUAUGUUUCAAACACCCUAGAAAGUGCACACAAUUAUAUAUUUAACUUUCUGGAAUAACUGGAGAGGUCAAAGGAAAAGACCAACAAAAGUAGAUUAAAUAUUGUACAUUUAAAGAAAAUAUAUUACUCUGCUAACUAUCCUGUGUAGAAUAUAUUUAUAUGCAAAAUCAUGUGAAGUAAUUUAAAUCAAAAAAAAAUUUAAUAUAGUGUGGUUCCUAACAUUUAGGAGCAAGUAUUUUUCACAACAUAUUUCACUAUGGAAGUUGCUAUUUUAUUGAAAGUAUGCAUUUUUUAUAAUCUCGUCACAGUAAUAGGAACCAAUGUCAUCACGCAAUGUUGUCAGAAACAUAAAUUGGGUCAUUUUCGCUUUAAAAUGACAUUUAAUAAAUAAUAUUUUUAAAUCACGCUUAAAGCUUUGUAAGGAUGUAGUGCAAUAUUAACUUUCGUUCUCUACACUAUGAUAAAUUGUAUGCUUAGCCAUUAAGUGAUACUAGAUGAUUACUUUACUUUUCAGUGAAACUUGUGUUAAGUUCCAAAUAUUUGUAUUAUCUAAUGAACGGGAACAACGUAGGCCCUACUAAAUAAUAAUAUUAUAAGUUAUUUGUAUCAGCGGUGUAUUCUCAUAAAACGUGUUACGAAUUUUAAUAAAUAUUGGUUGCCAAAUAUAUUUACUUGAAUUAUAGAUGCUGUAGAUUUUAAGACACUUCCCACAUGUUAUACGUAGUUGCUCUUAAAAAACGUUUGUCUACAAUAAUAUACUUCACUUCAAUUUAAGUGACCUAAGCAAGUUUUAUUUGCACAGGCUUUAUUGGAUUUUUUUUUUGUUUUCAAAAAUUAUUUUAUUGCGGAAAGAGAUUACACAUGGUGGGAAGCCAUGAAACACAGUAAUACAUCAACGUACAAUAAACAAUUUACACACACUAGCUGCAAUACCAGAUGGUCAAUGUCUCUUUCUGCAGUACAAGACACUAAUAAAAUACAAAGGGAUCCCAUAGCAUACCUACAUGACAAACAAUACACGACAAAAAUUCAGAGUAGCAUGGGGAAAAGUAGUCCAAAAAACCUUUACUGGUUGACCUUUCAUUGAUUUGGCUAUUCCUAUGUUAAAAAAAUGGUUAUUCUUUGACAUUUUAAGUGCUCGUUGUCGUAUUUGAAUACACAAGAGUCUUGCUUACACAUUUAAGUUUCCUUAGUUAUUAACAUUUAAUUUAAAAAAUGAAAGUUAACUAGCUAACCGUGCAUAUUGUGUCACAUCUUGAACUAACAUGUUACUUAAUAAUCACUCGUUUCAUACUAUUUAAGAAUGCUGAUAGGUUUGCCUAAGAAUGUCGAAAAUCAUUUAUAUUUUAAGCUGCACAAAAUUUUCCCGCUCUUAAAAAUUUUCAUAUCUUAUAAUAAUAUAAAAUAUAAGAAUAUUUUAUUCAGUAGACUGUUACACAUAACCCAUAUUUUGAGAUUAAAAAGUUUUCAAUGAAUCUGUGUUUCUUCUGCAGGGUUCAAAGUAGAGUUACGCUUAUGUUUUCAGUACAGCAAUGUUUCUGUGUUAAAAUAAGUGGCAGAAAGUAUGCUAAAAUUAAAUUUAAAGAUACUCCAAAAAAUUUUUCUUAUCUUUUUUUAGAAACUAUAAACGGUGUGAUUAUCUUAAUUUUAUUAAGUUUGAA